UCCUGUUCCUGUGGACCAGUCACUCUUUACACUUCUCCCACUCACAGCACACUCCUGUGUUCUGUCUCUCUGCUGCUUUGCUACUUUGUUGUUUCCUGCUGUGUUCCUUCAUCCUUUCUCCAGCUCAGUCUCAUUCACAGCUCACAACUACGAUCUAAAAACCACCCCGUCAAGAAAAUGGUUUCCAAGCGGAAAGUGGGCUACAAGUGUCGCAUAGCAGGAGUGUUGCUACUCCUGUUGGCCAGUAUUGCUGCCCUUGUUGCUGUUGCUGUAAUCCAGGACAAGUGGAGGUUUAAACAGUAUAACUUAGAGUAUGGCAUAGUAAUAGACUCGGGUUCAUCUCGUUCUAAUGUGUAUGUGUACGAAUGGCCAGGGGAGAAGGAGAAUGAAACGGGAGUAGUAAAGCAAAUAGCGAACUGUAGAGUUGCAGGUCCUGGCAUAUCAGAGAUGAAAGUUGAUGAGCAGAAAAAUGCUGAAACAUGGAAACCAUUCAAAGACUGCAUGGACAAAAUCAUCCAGGGAGCUACAGCUGGAAUGAGACUCCUACAUGAUAAGGAUGAACAGAGGUCCAAUGAAAUCCUAGCAAGACUCAGAGAGUACCUAAGCUCUUUGCCCUUCUCCUUCCAAAAUGCCUCCAUCAUUACGGGUCAAGAAGAAGGGCUGUAUGGGUGGAUCACUGUUAACUACCUCAAGGGAAACUUCAUAGAGAAAAACCUUUGGAACACUUAUGCACGCCCACAAGGAGCAAAGACAGUAGGAUCCAUGGACCUUGGUGGAGCAUCAACACAGAUUGCCUUUGCAGUCCAGGAAGAUCUCAGUGGGCCUGACUACAUGCAUGUCCAACUGUACGGGUACCCUUACAAUGUAUACACACACAGCUACCUCUGCUAUGGCAAGAAUGAAGCUGAGAAGAAGGUUCUGGACAAAGUGGUACAGGAAUCAUCUGACCCAGCCAACAUUAUAAACCCCUGCUACCCUAAAGGUUUUACCAACACCAUGAAUGCCUCAGCCAUUUAUGAAACAGCGUGCACAAAGAAACCCCCAAACUACAACCCCGAGCAAAAACUGUCCAUGGUGGGAGACGGGGACUCAGACAAGUGUGGGAGCAUAGUGAAGUCCAUAUUUGAUUUCGAGACUUGCUCCUCAUCCCACUGUUCUUUUAAUAAUGUGGGGCAGCCACCGGUCACGGGAGAAUUUAUGGCAUAUGCCGGAUUCUUCCACACUGCUAAGAUUCUGCUGUUAAAUGGCACAUCAGAUCUUGAUCAGUUCAACUCCUCACUUACGAAAUUCUGCCAAACACAAUGGACACCGCUGAAGAAAGAAAAGCAAGGAGUGAAUGAUGCAUACCUCAAGAGCUUCUGUUAUUCAGCUCACUAUGUCUUCACUUUGCUGGUAGAUGGAUACAAAUUUGACAAAGAAACCUGGAAAAACAUUGACUUCCAAAAAGAGGUAAAGAACACCAGCAUAGGGUGGAGUCUGGGUUACAUGCUGAGUAUGUCCAACAUGAUCCCAUCUGAAGUGAAAGAACUCCCCCCCAUGACAGACCCUGUCUUCGCUGGCCUUAUCUUUUUAUUUUCAGCACUAACCAUUGUAACUGUUGUCAUAGUUUUCAUCAUCCUCAUUCGCACCUGCUACUGAGAGUGUAAGUCACAAAGAGAAUGAUCUGCCACUGAAAGCCUUGAGGGCUGCUGUAAUCCUCUAAGUAGCCAGAGUGCUACUGUAGGAUACUGUAAGGGGAACUUGUGUUCAGUGUUGAAAUGUAAAUGUUAGUUAUUUUUCAGCCUGAGCCAUUUAAUGCCUUCUGCUUCAAUCUUUCAAAACUGAUGAAGGACAUUCACAUGAAAACCUCACUGUGUAUCCAGCCUUUGAGUCUUUGAGCAAACUUCACAUGUGAGAUUGGUUUCAUUGAGAGUAAAAAUGGGCUCUUAGCAUUAGUUCAUUUUUAUUUACCUUAGGGAAAGUCACACACUUCCCAAACUUUUCUCAUUAAGUUGACUGCGUUCUAAAGGGAAGUACAGCCGUUUUACAAAUCAAAAGGUGACACGGUAGUUGCCUGAAAGGUGCACAAAUGGUGCAAAGAGCAUUCAAAAAUGUCCCCACCCUCAUCACACAUUAUAUAAUCUCAACAUUAUGUAACUUUAAAAUGGGAUUUUAUAUGUAUAUUCGCACUUAUGUGCUCACACACGCACACACCCCUCAAGAAAACAGGUUGUUCACACAUUCACUGUUUUUUUUUCCUGUAUUGUACCUGUAAUUAGACAGAAUGUAUCUUCUUCACAUACAGAAUGAUAGCACUUAAUCAUGGCUUUACUGACGUGUUUUUUAUAAGUAUGAACUCAUUUGAAACUGUAACUACACAAUAACAGUCCACGUUUACUGUAUGAAAACCUCCCUAAUAAAUAAUAUAUUAAAUGUGAACGAUCUCAUGAUUUUUGUGAUUUCUGAAAACUAAAUACAUGGUCUAAAGUUGUAUACAGUGAAUUUGCAACCAAUUAAAAGAGUAAACAAAAUGUAUUAUCUGAGUUUGGACAGUAGCCAACAAUUUUGGAAAAUUAUUUAGUGCAACAAUGGUUUAGUUAUUUUACCAUUAAAUACAUUAGGCACAGUAUAAACUAACCUUAUUUUGUUCCAUUGCAGGGAAGGUUUUCAUUCAGUACAUAAAGAAAAGCGACCUGUUGGAUAAAUAUUAGAAAUGCAUAACUGGUUAAUCCCAUAAAAGAAGGUUGAAGCUAUAAGUCAGUGGAGUAGUUUGAAAACAACACCAGGAAAUCAAAUGCAGUGUUGAGAAUACUUCCUGUCAAUACUGACAACACACAUGUACUGUAUAGUUUUCAGUCUAAUUUAUAUAUGGAAUUGUUUAUAAAAUGAACAAUGUCUGAUUGUGUCAAUUUGAUUUUGAUGAGAGAUGUAAUCAGCAGAAACUAGUUUACAGGUAUAAAGCUUAGAUAACAACAUAUUUACUGGAAUUGUUGUUGCUGACAGUUUUGAGAAGAGCCCCAGUCAGUCCGCAACAAAAAUCCUGAGACCGUUUCAAACUGUUAAUUACAUCUAGAUGGAAAAGGUAUGGCUGAGAGGGAGCAACAAAUGGGACUGACUGUCUAAGCUGUGCAUGUUAAGUACAUCCAGAACAUUUAAUUGAUAAAUCACUGUCAAGAAUUAAAAACUAAAAAACCUUUUUAUGGUACGCUUUAGUAAGAGAAGGAUAUUUCCUCACUGGCAGGUCUGACUGAAAACAGCUUGAGUACAAGCUUGACAUUCUGUAUCCAUCAUACUUUAUUUAGGAAACUUUUUCUGUGAUAUUGUCUUUGCACUGCUGAUAUAUGUAUAUGCACGAUUCUCAUGUGAUGCACUG